GACACUGACACUGACAGAGGGAGGAGGUUGCUUGCUGCGUGUUCCACAUGUAACCACAUCCGCGGACCGGGGCAGAGGCGCAGACUCUCUCUCUCUGUGUCUCACACACACACACACACACACACACAUACACACACGGUGCCGGCCGCUGCCCGGCUUGCCCUCCAUCUUGUGAGAGGCGGCGGCGGGCGGGCGUGAGUGAGUGAGUGAGGAUGGCAUUCAGUCCGUGGCAGAUCCUGUCGCCCUUCCAGUGGGCUCGCUGGACGUGGACGGCGGUGCGGGGCGGCGAGGGCGAGGGCGACGGCGCUGGGGAGGAGGGAGAGGACCAGGACCAGGGGCUGGCAGAGCCCACCGUGACAAGGUUCAGCUUCAGCUCUGACUCCGACACCAAUUUCGAUACACCUGUCACCGAUACACCUGUGCCAGGACCCGUGGACCUGAGUGAAAGUGAACUGAGCCCAAAGCAAACUGCUACUGGCUGGCGAACGGAGGACAAGCCGUUAUUGUUGGAGGCUGCGGACGUGUCGAGGUUGGAGUCCGGUGAGACCACGCUCGACGCGGCUGUUGAGGACACCGCGUGCACAGCAGACGAGGCUCCCGACCAAAGGAACUCGCCGAGGAUCGAGGCGCGUGCGUCCGAGACGCGGAGGGACGGGGACUCCCCGAGAUCGGCGGCGCCUCGGUGUGCCAAUUCGGGCCCCGGUGAGCAGGGAGGAGGCAUGACAGUGCCGGCUGGCGAGGAGCAGGCGGCAGAAGGAGUGGAGGACCAGAGUCCGGGCGGUACUGGCGAGCGCACCAAGGCAGCCCCUCCCUCGCUGGAUCUAGGGGGGGCCGGAGAUGGCGACGCAGCCACACCGAAACCGGCCUACGGCUUUGACCCGGACAACUUUGACGUGGCGCGGAACCCUUUCACCUCAGGGGGCUGCCGGCUCCAAGACUCCCCCCCAGGAGGGGGUCCGGUGGCCGCGGGGACGGAGGGCGAGGCGGGAGCCAAGGGCCCGGCGCUGAAGCUGGAGUUUGACUUCUCGGAGGACAAGGAGAAUGCGGAGACGUGCCCGCCCGCGGUCAGGAAAGUGGGAAGGAAGCCCGGUGGCCGGACUGGCAAGAAGCAUAGAACCUCCAUCCCCAAACCCACCGCCCCCGCAGCGAAGGAACCCGUCUGCCCCAGCGACAAUCUCGACGACAUUCCCAUUCCCAAACGGUCCUACAACUUGGAUUCCAGCCAGUGGGACGAUCCUAACUUCAACCCCUUCGGGGGCAACUCUGCCUUGCAGAGCUCCCCCACUGGAUCUUACGCAUCCCACCCCGAUCGUCUGGAUGCCGUCGACCCUUUCAAGCCCUCAAAGAGCUUGCCCAACGAGGACAGCCCUCUGGAGAGGGGCACUGAGGCGACUGAGCGAGGGGAGCUGGAGGUCCCGGCUGAGGGAGAGGAGGACGGCGAGGUGGAGGCGAAGGGCAAACCUCGACUGAUAACGAACUCCUGCCGGGUGAAGAAGUAUGAGAGCCAGUCGCUGGUGUUGGACGUAUGCUCACAGGAUGACGAGCCGCUGGAGGUGUCCUGUGGGGGGCACAUUGGCCAGAGGCAGGGCCAUGCCACCGACGAGGAGAAGCUGGCUUCCACGACGGUCGUCCCAAAGUCCGGCGGUGCCGAGGGCAGGAGCGAGCAGGAGGAUGACAACGAGUACUUCGAAUGCUCCAACCACCCGGCCUGCCCGCUGAAGCCGGAGCUCGCUGCCCCCACUGAAGGUUUAAAUAAUUCAAAAGCACUGGACCACUUGGAACCACAUGCCAUAGCAGGACACAUGCCAUCGGCCGAGAUGAGCAGCAGUGAGAGCAUCCUGUCCUUCAAAGCUCUCCUGAGUGAGAUGGAAGGUACCCUGGGCAACGAGCUGUGCAGCCUUCAGGCGGACAAGACGGAGGUGCUGAGCUUAAUCAGAGAAGAGAUUAUUGGGAAGGAGAUAGAAGUAAACGAGUGGAAACAAAAAUAUGAAGACAGUCGGCAAGAAGUCAUCGAAAUGAGGAAGAUUGUCUCAGAGUACGAGAACACCAUUGCCCAGAUGAUCGACGACGAACAGAAGAACAAAAUGGCUUCCCAGACGUCCAUGCACCAGCUGAUGGCAGAGAAGGACCAAGCCCUGUCUGACCUCAACUCUGUCGAGAGAUCCUUAUCCGACCUCUUCAGGAGGUAUGAGAACAUGAAAGGGGUCCUGGAGGGAUUCAAAAAGAAUGAAGAAGUAUUGAAGAAGUGUGCUCAGGAUUACUUGGCCAGGGUGAAACAGGAGGAGCAACGGUAUCAGGCCCUGAAAAUGCACGCUGAGGAAAAACUGGACAAGGCUAACGAGGAGAUCGCCCAGGUCCGCUCCAAGGCUCACGCUGAAGGAGCAGCCAUGCAGGCCACCCUCCGCAAGGAGCAGAUGAAGGUGGACUCCAUGGAGAGGACGAUUCAACAGAAGAACCAAGAGAUUGAAGAACUGACCAAGAUCUGCGACGAGCUGAUCUCCAAGCUGGCAAGAAUGGACUGAGGUUGGUCCUCCCCGCCGCUGGGCCCUGUGCACGAUGCAGCUUCCCUCCCCAGGCCUUCCUUCCUCAAAGCACGCUGCCUUACUUAGAACCGGAACCCAUCAUCCACCCAUCUGAACCUUCAACCAGCAACGGCCCUAACAGCCUGCGGAGCAGAUGGAGGCCGCUGGUUCAUCUUUGUGUCAUGGCCGCUGCACAAACACAACAGACGUUUGCCACAUUGUUCCCAAGGCAGUCGGUGCCUCAGCUUCCCCCAGGUGUAACCUGCUUCACCAGUGCCGCCUCUAAUCUUCAAGGUGUCAUUCACUACCUGUGCAGCACAGGGAUGAGCGUUGAAGGUCCCGUUCCGAUCUGGGACGGAGAUUUAGGUGGGGGGGGGGCGUAAGUUGUGGGGAGGUCACGGGACGUUGCACUGCGAGACGAUUUGGAUCAGAGUGAGCUACAGCCACUUGCUCAUCUCCAGGCCUCUCGCCAUUUUGUUUCUCAGGGUUUCGAAAGCCUCGGGCGGGCGCGUAGGGUGUCGGCGCGAGGGCACGGCCUCACACACUGGCGAUCGCGCAGAAUUCCCCAGGGCGUCGGGCAACAGCGCGAGGGGGUCAAACCCGCCCGCGAGUUCAGCGCGUCCCAUUCCGAGCACGUGAAACCCGCUUUACACUCAACACAACGUUAAAGCCCUGUCCCACGGUACGAGUUCAUUCCAAGAGCUCCCCCGAGUUUGCUCUGAUUCGAACUCAGAGAUUUACGGUAAUGGCCGCUCGUCGGUACUCGGGGCUCUCGUGGACAUUUUUCACCAUGUUGAAAAAUCUUCACGAGUCUUCCCGAGCUUUCCCGAGCACCUGAUGUUAGCGUUACGAGCCGCUAAGAGACGUCCCCGAGCUCCGACGUACCCGCUACGUUCAUUCUACGUGCUUACCACGAGUUUGAUUUUGUUUUAAACUCGGGAGAGCUCUUGAAUUACCUCGUACAGUGGGACAGGGGCAUUAGUUAGUGGACCUUUCAAGCCCCUCCCGAGUCCAACGGGGAAGUGCAAACGGCUCAAGUCCGUGGUAGAGACUUCCUUCUGCAAUUAGUCACAAGCCCAAGCACUCUAACGCACAUCAACACAAUCAACCACAAUCAACCCUACAGUCUGUGCAUGACAAUUCAGCAGUCGAGUCUGCCUGUAUCAGUAUUUUUCAGCCAUUGUGUUAGUGCCUGUGUGAGAUAAGGUAUUGGUGAUUUGACUGUGUACAUCCCACCUGUGAUAGAUCGAUCAUUCUCUCUACCACUGCUGCUUGUAUUGAUUGAUUCCUCUUCUGCCUUGUCUGCUUUCAGCUGCUUCGUACAUUGAAAACCUUCACCUGCAUAAUUUUUUAUAUACAGAUAUAUUUGUCUUUUAUAUGUUAUAGUUCAAUAUAAAAAAAAUUUAAAGUUGUAACGACAAAGUGAAAAAAAAAUCUGAAAAGAUAUAAAAUUUUAAUUCCAUGUACUAAUAUAUUUUUUCCAUCGCCAUCGCCUGAAUAAAAUUAAUGGUGAGUUUCACCUUGAGCAGUC